AUGAGGCUGGGCCCGCCCGGCCCGCUGCGCUGCGCCCCGGGGCUGCUGCUCCUGCUGCUCCAGGUGCGGCUCCAGCUGCGAGGCUGGGAACCUGAAGGCUCUAUAAGGAUCUCUGUGCUCCAAAAACUCACAACACUCAUUAUACACUUGUGGCUAAAGGUCUCGGAGGCCAUGGGUGUCUUUGAACUGCAGGUCCGCUUGGCCCGGAACGAGAAGGGUGUCCUGGCGGACGGACGAUGCUGCCGGGGUGGGCGGGAGCCGCCAUGCCCCGUGGCCGAGCCUUGCCACACCUUCUUCCGGGUCUGCCUCAAGGAGUACCAGCUGCGGGCACACCCAGGGGGGCCUUGCGUGCUGGGGGCUGCCACCACCCCUGUUUUGGGGGGCAACCUCUUCUCGGCCCUCCUCCAGAAGCCCUCGGACCGGGCUGGGACCGUGGUGAUCCCUUUCGACUUUGCCUGGCCGCGCUCGUACUCGCUGGUUCUGGAGGCCUGGGAUGCUGCCAAUGCCAGUGACGUCACCAGCCCAGGCUCAGGGCAGCUGAUCGAGCAGGUGAGCCGUUCGGGCAUGGUGAACCCAGGUGAAGGCUGGCAGGAUUUACGGCAUCCUGGGCGCAGCGCCCUGCUGGAGUACCGGCUGCGAGUGCACUGCCACGAGCACUACUACGGGCCCUCGUGCAACCUGCUCUGCAGGCCCCGUGACGACUUCUUCGGGCACCACAGCUGCGACGCGGCCGGGAACAAGGUCUGUCUGGACGGCUGGACGGGAAACAAGUGCCAGCGGGCGGUUUGUCGUCAGGGGUGCCACAGAACGCAUGGGUUUUGCGAGGAACCUGGCGAGUGCAGGUGCCAUUACGGCUGGACGGGCCCCCACUGCGACCGAUGCCUUCUCUUUCCCGGCUGCGUCCACGGAAGCUGCACCCUGCCCUGGAAGUGCGAUUGCGAGACCAACUGGGGUGGCCUUUUGUGCGACAAGGAUCUGAAUUAUUGUGGAUCACACCGUCCGUGCCAGAACGGGGGCACCUGUGCCAACAAGGAACCGGAUGAAUACGAGUGCCUCUGCCCGGAAGGAUUUAGCGGGCGCAACUGCGAGUACGAUGUGAACGAAUGCCAGAGAAAGCCGUGCCUUCACGCUCGGGCGUGUAAAAACGUCGUUGGGAGCUAUUUUUGCGACUGCUUGCGAGGCUGGAUGGGCGCAAACUGCAGCAUCAGAAUGAAUUUGUGCCCAGGGAGAUGUCAAAACGGAGGCACGUGUCAGAUGGAGGGCGACAGGCAGACCUGCUUGUGCCAACCAGGCUACACCGGUGCCGAAUGUGAGACCGAACAGGGCUCCUGCCAAGAGGCCCCCUGCCUGCACGGCGGCCAGUGCCAGCAGGCCAAAAACCAGACCUUCUUCUGCAGAUGCCCACCGGGCUUUGGAGGGAGGUGGUGCCAGGUCUCUGCCAAUCUCUGCUCUCCGAAUCCUUGCCCCAAAGGUGCCAUCUGCCAAGAUGGAGGAGGAAGCUACACGUGCUUGUGCCCUGAAGAUGCCACGUGUCAGAUCCUGCAAGAGCCCUGCUUGGGCGAGGGGUGCAAAGGAGAGACCAACGCCGCCCUCUUCUCUGCUGUCCUUCCACCGGUUCUCCUCCUUGCCGGGGUGCUCCCCGUCUUGGUGCUGCUGCUGCUGCUUUGCGUUCAACGCCGGUCUCUGCCGAGAGUCCUCGGUGCAACGGAGCCCCCCGCCAACAACAGCCUGCGGCCGGACGCCAUCCAUCUCAUCCACAACCUCACCCAGGGGGAGGCCGAGCGAGGGCUGGGCGAGACCGGUGACACGGCCAAGGUGGCAGGGCUGCCCGACGGUGCGCCUCCUUCUACCAGUUUGCCCAAGGUGGACAUCUCCAACCAGGAGAGGGCCAAGCUCAACCGGUUGAACAUCGGCCCGGUUUUAGCAAGGCCUCCACUCUGA